GGUCGGGAUGCAGUCUCAGUUUUCUAGCGCCAACGACAACAAGCGGGGAAAUGAGCGGAGUGGGCGCAGUGCAGCACAGCGCAAGCGAUCCAGGACCACCGACCGCGCGCCCGACCUACGAGCAACUCGAAGAAGAGAAUGAGCGUCUGCGCCGCGAGCUCGACAUUGAGCGUGGCCGCGUCGUGCACCUGCAGAGCGACAUUGCGCAAGUUCGCAAGCAGUCGAUGGACAUGCAACUGCAAGUCGAGGCGGAAGAAGAACAUAUCGCACUGACGCUGCUCAAGCGCAUCGACCAGCUGCAAAAAUCAAAAGAGGCGUUGGCGCUGCAGGUCGAACGCGAGGAAGAGUACCUGACCAACACGCUGCAAAAGAAACUGCUCCAGCUGCAACACGAGAAGGAGCACCUCGAGAAGAUCCUGGAGCACGAGCAGGAAAACGUCGUCAACAAGAUGAAGCAGCAGGUAGAUCAGCUGCAGCGUGAGAAAGUGCUCAUGUCAAGCAAGCUGUCAAAGCUUCAAAAUGAAAAGGUCCAGAUUGAAAACGCGCUGGAGCAGGAGCAAGAGUUUAUGAUCAACAAGCUGACCAAGCAAAUUGAGCACCUUCGAUCGGACAAGAAGCACCUUCAGGAAGAGCUAUUCAAGUCACCUCGCUCCUCGGGCACAGAUCUGUCCUCUGAAAUUCAAUCUCUUCGCCGCCAGCUCCAAGAAAACGAGGCCAAGCGAACGGCAUCCCAGCAGACUUCGUCGCACGACUUGGAGGAGCUGCAUUUGGAAAAUCUUCACCUGCGCCAGCGGCUAGCUCGCGAGCUGGAGCGAGUCGAGGCGUUGGCGAGUGAAAAGACCCUUGAUGAGUUUGAAAAGGAGACGUCGGAGGAGCGCAUGUUCAAUCAUCAGCUCACAGACGAGUUUGAUUCGCGCCGCUUCCGAAGCCACUCCAACCCCACACCACCUUCCCAUGCUCCGCCAGCACGGAGAGGCAGUAUUGAUACGUCCAUAGCUGAACCGAAAUGGUGGUCCGAACGCACACCGUCCAUCAGCAAAGACCGAGAUGACGGCGCUCCUCACAUUUCGCCGCACUCGUCCAUGCACGGACUCCAGCUUCCUUCACCUCAGCUCUCGCCAAUUCAGCAUCACCACCAGCACCAUCACGCGAGCCCACAUGGGCAUGGAAUUCUUCUGCACAGCAUGAGCUCGCCUGCCGGUUCGCACCUUUCCACCACAACGGCCCAUGCACACGAUCUGCAUUCACCCGGUAGCGCAACCGUCCACUCCCGGCAAUGAGGCAAAUUGGAACCAAAAUGCGAACAGCUUCAUCCCACCCCUCAGUGAUCUGUGCCCCCUUUUUUUGUGCGUUUAUCGGUUGUUCAACAAAGACAAAAAUCCAAAGUCAAA